AUGGACUCCAUGCUGGACCCGUUCUCCGCGCUGGACUCUCUCUCCUCCCCUCCAUAUUUUGACGAUGAUGAGUUUUUCACUGACCAGUCCUCCAGAGACGAACAGUUGGACACUGAAGACUUUUUUGAUGAGGACGUGGACUUCCUCAGCACUCACCUCCAAGAAUAUUACAGCAAGGAUGGCGGCGGUAGAGCGGCGUCACGGGAAGGAGACUUGGACAUCGGAAACUUAUCCUUCUCCUCCUCUUCCUCCACUUUUUCCUACGGCUGCGCGGACACCCCUGACCUGUCCCCGCGGAUGGGACGGUUCGCCGGGUCACUGCUGAAGCGAAGGAGGCGCAUGCGCUCUGAAGUAGAGCUCCAGCAGCUGCGGCAAGCUGCGAACGUCCGGGAGCGCAGAAGGAUGCAGUCCAUCAACGACGCGUUCGAGGGGCUCCGAUCCCACAUCCCCACCCUGCCUUACGAGAAGAGGCUGUCCAAGGUGGACACGCUCCGGCUCGCGAUCGGAUACAUCAACUUCCUGGCGGAGCUUGUACAGUCUGAUCUGCCAAUCAGGAACUCAAACAACGAGACGCACGCGCAGCCAAAGAAGGUCCUCAUCUGCCACCGAGGAACAAGGUCGCCCUCUCCCAGUGACCCGGACUACGGUCUCCCCCCGCUGGCGGGCCACUCUCUGUCCUGGUCCGAUGAGAAGCAGCUCCGGGAGCAGAACAUCAUCCGAACAGCAAAGGUCUGGACUCCGGAAGACCCCCGGAAGCUCCACAGCAAGACGGGCCUCAAAGACAUUGAAAACGAGCCUCCAUUCAGCCUGCUGGCGUAAAGCAUCCGAACCCGCUGGUCCGGUUCUGGCUGUGAACUCAUUAUGUUAAUGGGCUGAAACCGGAACGGGGGCGCGCCGCGCGGCCCUCGGCGCCGGAGAGGAAUUUAUCAUGUUGAUAACUUUAUUUUUGUAACGCAAUCAGCUAUUUAUCUGUUCACGCGCCUUCAUAUUUAAUUAAUUUAACUCACAAGAAAACAAUUUGUUUUUGUUCGAUAUGCUAAUAAAAGAUUCUGAGCAGAAAUCA